CGCGACUGCGCGCCUUGGUUGUGCUUCCAACGCGAGAUCUGGUAACCCAGGUCCGAGAAACGUUUGAAGCACUUGGGAAGGGCCGCGGUCUCAAAAUAGGCACGGCGACCGGCCAGCAUUCCUUCGCCCACGAGCAGUCCCAAUUGAUCGCGGACAAAACGUCCAGCCUUGCGGGUGGAUCCAGCAAAGUGGACAUCCUCAUUUGCACUCCGGGCCGGCUCAUAGAUCAUCUGAACGAAACACCGA